AUGACAGAUUUAACACAGCUUUCCGUGCCGACAUCACUCUUCUAUGGGAAGAAAUUACAUGAAGGACAGACUGCAGCUUCAAAAUAUCUUGAAUCAUCUUCAAAAAUAAUUGAAAAAUAUCCUUUUAAGUUCUUGGAUCCAGCCACUCCAACAUCUACAUGGAAAGUGUUUCAUAAACAGAAAGAUGCACUUGACUACGCCAAGCAACGGAUGAAUGGAGUAAUGACUUUUGUGUGUCAAUCUGGUACCUGUGGGGAACGCCAGUUUUUGGUUGCUCAUCCUCGAGUGUUCUGGUUUUAUGACUGUCGAAAAGAAGGACAGAGAUGUUCAUAUGAGAUUAUAGUAGAACAUGCAUUUUGUAAAUUGUACUUUGAUUUAGAAUUUUCUAAAGAAUUGAAUCCUAAUCACAAUGGAGUGAGGAUGACUGAAACAUUCAUUAAAAUUGUGUCAUUUUUUUUAUUAAAAGAAUGGAACAUUGUGUGUACUAGAGAAAAUAUUCUUGAUUUAGAUUCAAGUACAGAACGGAAAUUUAGUCGCCAUCUCAUUUAUCAGUUACCAGGGAUGAUUUUUCAUGAUAACUACAGUGUUGGCAACUUUGUGAAAAAAAUUUGUGAUGCAUUGAAAACUAUGAAGUGUGAAGAAGGCAGCAAUUGUGAGGUUACCAGUAUGGGGAUUACCUCUAAUGAUUUUGCAGAAUUGUUCAUUAAUAAUAAAGGAAAGCAACAUCUAUUUUGUGAUGAAGGUGUAUACACUAAAAAUAGACAUUUUCGAUUGUACUAUUCAUCUAAAUGGCAAAAGAAUUCACCUCUUGUAAGAAGUGAUCAGAACAAGUGGUGUUGUAAAUCACAAUCUAACGAUGAAAGACUCUUUCUCGAUUCCUUAAUAACAUUUUGUUCUGUUGAUGCACCAUUAACUAUUCUACAGUGCACAUAUCUAACCGGACCUGCUAAAAGUUGUUCAAUGGGAUGUCGUAAAAUACAUUUUCCUUCUGACAAUGGAGUAGCAUCUCCAUAUCCUGAUGUAGACAGGUUUAUUCGACAUUUAGUUGCUCCUGGGAGAAUAUAUAGAUGGUGUUAUUCCUCAUCCCAGAAUAAAAUGUUUUAUGACAUAGUUGGGAAUAGGUAUUGUCACAAUAUAGGAAGAGAACACCGUAGCAAUAACAUCCGUCUUGUGGUAGAUAUUGAAAAUAAAUUCUUUUAUCAAAGGUGUUAUGACCCAGAUUGUAAGGAUUUUAGUUCAGAACCAUGUAUGUUACCUUCAGAAUUAAUAUUCAUCUUAGAAGGGCCAAUUUCAUUUUCAAGUGAGAACAAAGAGUGUGAAUUGUGGCAAAAUAACUUAUCAGAAGAGGAUCUUUGUGAAGUUUUAGAUUGUAUUGAAAGCAGUGUAAUUUUAGAUAGAAAAAUAGACUAG